ACGUCACUGCGCAGCUGAUGGCAAUGAAGCGCAAUUGAGUUUCCAAACGCGACAAACACCGCAAACCUCGCGCGAGCCACACACACGCGAGCGAGCGACGCGUUUCAGUCGACUCCUCUGAGUCAGCGCUUCAUUUGUCGCGCUCCUGCUCUUCUCUAUCGGUUGUUUUAGGGGUAAAGCGAUGGCUAUGAUCACCUCCACCCCGAUGGAGAGCCGCGCCUCCGCCGUGCGCUCCUCCAGGCGGAGCGGCGCGUCUCCGUCCGGCGUCAGCCCGACGCGUCUGACGCGUCUGCAGGAGAAAGAGGACCUGCGGCAGCUCAACGACCGCCUGGCCAACUACAUCGAGCGGGUGCGGCAGCUGGAGAGCGACAAGAGCUCCAUGCAGCUGCUGCUGGAGGAGAAGGAGGAGCACGCGCGCAGGGAGGUCGGGGGCGUGCGCCGCCUGUACGAGACCGAGCUCGCGGACGCGCGCAAGACGCUGGACGCCACCGCGAACGAGCGCGCAAGGCUCCAGAUCGAGCUGACGCAGCUGCAGGAGGAGCACCGCAAACUCAGCGCCAGGAAUAAUAAGAAGGAGAGUGAGCUGACCACGGCUGUGGGACACUGGAGGAAUCUCGAAGCCGCUCUGAACUCGAAGGAAGCCGAUUAUGCUAAUUUACUGGCCACCAAUCGCCGGCUGGAGAAUGAGAUUUCUGAGCUCAGGAGUCAAACGGCGAAUCUGGAGUCUGCGCUGCAGAACAUGAAGACGCAGCUGAACUCGGAGAUGCUGCGGCGCGUGGACGCAGAGAACCAGCUCCAGACGCUUCAGGAGCAGCUGGACUUCCAGAAGCACCUCGGCGAGCAGGAGGUGCGAGAGAUGCGCAGUCGGCACGAGAGCCGGGUGAUGGAGCUGGACAGCGGCAGACAGAAGGAGUUCGAGGGGAAACUAGCCGAAGCCAUGAAGCAGCUCCGAGAAGAACAUGAAGCUCAAAUCCAGCAGUACAAAGAGGAGCUGGAGAAAACCUUCGCUGCUAAGAGCGAGGUAGUCUGCAGAUUCUCUCAGCUGAGGUGCAGGAAAACUGUAGUUCAGGGCUUUGAGCGACAGGAAGUGGCUGCUGUGACCUGGACACACAGGAAGUGCUUGAGUCCGUCCCGUCUGUCUGUCAUGCUGGAGAACGCGAAGCAGUCGGCGGUGAAGAACAGUGACUUUGCGUCUUCGACGAGAGAAGAGCUGGUGGGAACCAAACUCAGACUGGAGUCUCAGUCGAUCCAGAUCAACAACCUGCAGAAACAGAAUGCGGUUCUGGAGGCUCGUGUUCAGGAGCUGGAGCAGAUGCUGGACCGCGAGCGACAGAUGAACCAGCAGCGGCUCUCGCAGAAGGAGCAGGAGAUGGCCGAGAUGAGGCAGCAGAUGCAGGAGCAGCUGGAGGAGUACCAGAACCUGCUGGACGUCAAGCUCAUGCUGGACAUGGAGAUCAACGCCUACCGCAAGAUGCUGGAAGGAGAGGAGAAACGACUGAAUCUGUCUCCGAGUCCGGUCCAGCAGGCGGCGCUGUCUCGCACUCACGCUCAGCCCGUCAGGAAACACUGGGCCAAGAAGCGCAAGCACGAGGGCACGAGUUCAGGACUGUCCCCCAGCUACAAGCUGUCCCAGCAUUCCUCCUCACGCGGAAACAUGUCCAUCGACGAGAUUGACCUGGACGGACGCUACGUCACGCUCAAGAACAACUCCGACAAGGAUCAGUCUCUGGGCGGCUGGGUGUUGAGGAAGCGUGAAGCUGAGGCUCCUGAGGUGGUCUUCCAGAUCCCGUCUCCGUGUGUGCUGAGCGCCGGCCAGACGCUGACGAUCUGGGCGGCGGGUUCGGCGGCGGAGCAGGUGCCUCGGGGCGAUCUGGUGCUCAGGAGCCAGGAGACCUGGGGCCCGUUCGGAGAGGCACGCGUCUCGCUGCUCAACCCACAGAACGAGGAGACGGCAGAGUUUUGUCUGGUGUGUGUUCAGGGUAAAGCUGACGAGGAUCUGGAGUGUGAUGAGAACAUCAUGAGCCGUGACGUUCACCUGCGCCGACAGGCUCAGAGACACAGUCAGGACGCCAGCUGUGCCGUCAUGUGACGCACCUGAUACACCUUCAGAGCCUCAACCGGAGUUUUACAUGAAGAAUUGUUUGUUCUUUGUUCAGAUAAUAAAGUUUAAAUAACUGUUAGGUCCUAAUUAAUUAAAAUAAAUGC